CUGGUGGGCCCGCUGGGGCCAGCCACUCUCUACGCCAUUAGCGUGGCUGGCGCACUUGGCGUAGGCGCGUUAGCAGGGCUUGCGGUGCAGGCGGACGGCGGCGGCUCUGCGGGGCGCGGGCAGAAGGUUUCAGAGGAGGAGUCCAGGGCUGGCUGGGACUAAUUUACUCGUUUCCCUCCCUGCUUGACGUUAGAGACCUGUUGGAGCAGUAGCAACAGACCGCAGAGACCUGUGUAAAGUAGUCGCACAAGGGGAGGAGACUGAAACCGGGAAGCCUUGAAUGUGCGGUCUGCAGACCUAAAAUUUCUUCAGACAGACUAGUUCAGGAUGACUUCCUCCUAUCAGAGAUGGUUUCUGAAGGGGGCCUGAUGGACAGAGGGCAUCACCGCCUCUAAACACGAGAACUGCAGCCUGGAGAGCUCCUGCUGGUUCGGAGCUUGGAUUUUUCUCCCUCCUUUUCCUCCUUGGAGAUGUUCCAGAGGUUUACUCUGUCCUCUUCCUCCUCACCUGAAGCCUGCCAGGGCAAUGAUUCCACAGCCAGAUCCGACCACCAAAGAGAGAAGAGGAUUGUGCAUUUAAAGCUGGGCCGUCAUUGCAAUUGAACUGAAAUUUACACUCGCCUUCUUUCACACGCCUGUUCCUCUGUUUAUCUGUGUGCAUUUUGAGAAGCUCCUCUCUGACUCUGAUUUUGUUCUGCGUUCCUGGACUUUUCUCACUGAGCCUGCCCAUGGCUUUCCUGAUGAAGAAAAAGAAGUUUAAAUUUCAGACCAGUUUCACUCUGGAGGAGCUGACUGCUGUCCCCUUUGUGAAUGGUGUUCUGUUCUGCAAAAUCAGGCUGCUGGAUGGAGGGGACUUUGUUAGUUUGUCUUCCAGAGAGGAAGUGCAGGAGAACUGUGUCCGCUGGAAGAAGAAAUUCACCUUUGUGUGUAAAAUGAGUGCCAAUCCUGCCACCGGCCUCCUGGAUCCCUGCAUCUGCCGAGUGUCUGUGCGUAAGGAACUGAAGGGCGGAAAAACCUACUCCAAGCUGGGUUUUGCUGAUCUGAAUCUGGCAGAAUUUGCUGGCUCUGGAUUCACUGUCCGAUGCUCCUUGCUGGAAGGAUAUGAUACCAAGAACACCCGGCAGGAUAACUCCAUCCUAAAGGUGACAAUUGGAAUGUCUCUGCUCUCUGGGGACCCCUGCUUCAAAACGCCUCCUUCCACAGCCAAAUCCGUCACCAUCCCAGGACAGGACUCCUCCCUGCAGUUGACCUGUAAGGGCGAGGGGACUACCAGUAGCAUCAGCAGCUCGGCCACUAUUGGAGCAGUGCGUCAAGCCAAGUCGAGACCCACCAUUCUCAAUCCAGGUGUUCCAGAGGAACCAGACCAGAAUCUGUCCAGUCCAGAGGAAGUAUUCCACUCAGGGCAUUCACGGAACUCCAGUUAUGCCAGCCAGCAGUCCAAAAUCUCCGGUUAUAGCACGGAGCACUCUCGCUCCUCCAGUAUGUCUGAUUUGACCCACCGCCGGAAUACAUCCACCAGCAGCAGCGCCUCUGGGGGGCUCAGUUUGACAGUGGAGUGUCCUGAGGGAGAGCGGGACCACAAACUAGACAAGCCACCUCGCCCCCCAAGACCAACCAUCCUGUUGGAUAGAUCGUCCCGGAGGAAAAAGGAUUCAGUGGAGAGUCACCCAUCGUGGGUGGACGAUACUAGGAUCGAUGCUGACGACAUAGUGGAGAAAAUUAUGCAGAGUCAGGAUUUCACAGACGUCAGCAAUACUGAAGACAGUAACCUGAGGUUGUUUGUGAGCAGAGAUGGCACAACGACAUUGAGUGGGAUUCAACUGGGAAACAGGGUCUCAUCUGGAGUUUAUGAGCCAGUGGUGAUUGAAACCCGUUAAAUGUGAAGAACAGGGUAGACCUGCUGGCAACAGACCCCCUACCCCGUCCUCUGCCACACGGAUGCCAGUCUUUACCUCUCUACAUGCAACAUUCCAGAAGGGAUUUCUCCAGACCCCUCCCCUUACGUUUGCACUGCAGAACUCCUCCGAGACCAUACCACUCCAGAACAUGCACUUUUCCUGACUUGGCAUUAACUCCCCGCUCAUCCCAGUGCUUCCAAACACCCCUGAAUUCCCUGCAGAUCCAAGGGGUCUGUCUGGAAGCCUUCUCUUUGCUGGAGGAUGUUCCCCCCCUUCCCCACUCCCUCAUUCCACGCAUUGCUUCCUUACUAGGAAUUUCUUCACUCCUGUAUCUGCAAACCAUUGGGUUGUACCACUGUGAACUUUUCAAACCACUGACGGGGAAAACCAGAACUGACAAACCAGGAGAGCAGCUCCUUGUUGAAACAAUGAGCUGGCCACUUGCAGGAUACUUGAUUCCACUGAUUCUGCAUUGUGGAUUGCAAGGAAACUUCACCUCCGAUGGCAACAUUUUACUGAGCAAUGAAUCCAAAAAACCAAACCCCCCAGUCAUCUGCUCAUAGGAAACAUUUCCCAAAAGUGCAUUUCAGAAAACUAAUGGAACAGACAGAGAUGGAACUUGAUGUUAAAGGUUAAAUGCUAUCACUUGUUAGCAUGACUAACUGCAGUACCGCCUUCCACUGCUGGGCAUGGGAGGCCAUUUUCAUCGGUUGGUAUUAGCAGGAGCACUUUAGAAAUUCCAUAUGUGCCCAGAACAGGGGUGUGAUUUGGUUGUGAUGAUCUCUCCCGUCAUGGCAAGAGUGGCUAAACGGUUGUCUUUCCCAACCAGAGCCAGUGAGGGAACUGUUUCUGGUUGGCCCUUCGUGCCAUGUGAGAAGGGAGCCAUUGUCAAGUACGUCCCCUCCUAUGCUGGGGAGAAGCUUUGAUUAAUGCAGAAAGAAAUGGCUGAAUCUUUGCUACUUUGGUGGAGUGGAGCCCUCCUGCUGCACUAGCUACAGCAGCCAUUCUCCUCCGCUCCUGAGGUGUGAACUCUGAGUCUGACAGGCUUAAAACUGUCUUCUUGGAUGAUCUUUUCACGAUUGAGCUUUUUCUCAUUUGGUUUCUGCAGUUGUCUGAAACAUUAACGGCCCUUUUUCCUGGCGCAAUGUGGCAGAAAAGAGGUGAGCCUUUUUCAACUCCCACUUGUAGAUUUCUCCCGGCAGCUGAACUACAAGUGAGGAUCUAUGCAGGCUCCUGCCUUGGGUUGGCUGCAGGCUGCGUUCACAGCCCUUUCUGUACAGAUGCUUUCAGCCUAUAAGCUAUUUCUGUGUGGUGCCCGUUCCUUUUUUGCUGUUGUCCUGUAGUAGCACUCGGCAGCCAUGCACUUUGACUAACAGCACACUCCAGGUCACUGGCUACACACAUGUGCGUGCGCACGCAUCCUAGUUCUCUCACACACGCUGUCCCAUUUAGCAGGAAGAAGAAAUUUGUAAUUGAUCAUUUUUGUUUUUCAAAUUCUUAAUGAUGACCAAGCGUUUUUUUCAGGACUAAAGGUGGUGUCCCGGGGUAACUAGAACGCAUGCAGAUGAGCUGCUGGGAAAGGCAAUUCCACAGAAGAUUGCAAGACUGAAGGGGCCUGGAUUUCUAGUCUGAUCAGCACUGGAGCCUUGGAUGGGGAGGAUUCUGUGAGCAGCGUAGCAAGGCUGGCUCUAGCUAUUUGUCACAGACCCACCAGUCCCUCUCCUUGCGUCCUGUAGCUGUGCAGACAGCAUCUUGGGGGCACUUUUUCUUUUGCCCACCUACCUUCCCCUCAGAGAGAAUGAACUAAUCUUGGCCUAGGCCCAUCAAAUCAUCCGGUUGAACGUGGGAAAGAGCUCCUGGUUGGACCAAGUCUGUCCAAAGCCAACGCCCUUUCGCUCUUGUCUACAUUUUAAUCGUCGUCUCCUCUCCGCUCGGGUUGGCACCGGGUAGCAGAUUGGUGAGAUGCCGAGCUGGCUUAGGUAGGGCAGGCUCGACACUGUUUAGGAUUCCAAAGGUUUGGCGAAGGGGGAGAAUUAGUUACUUGCCUCUCCCUCCAGAGCUGCUGCCAGAGAGGCUGGGGUGGCUGGCACAGUGCCCCUCCAGCAGUACGUCACACUGCUUUCCCUAUGGGCAAAGGCACUCUGUGGUGCGGAGCCCCCUGAAGUUAAUGGGAGCGGUGUGUGAACUGUGGGUAUGCAGCACUCCUGGAAACCAGUUCCUAAAUGCCUGCAGCCUUCCAGCAGCACUCCAAGGAUUUGGGAGGAGACGAGUAACACAGGAAUGAGUCCAAAGCCAGGCCAGUUUAGCUGCUGGUGUCCAUCUUGCUUGUUACUCCAGCAAUGGCUGGGAACCAAGAGCCUUUGUUCUGGGCUCCAACUGGCAAGAGAGGUAACUGGUCUGGGAGGGGCCGUUCGCUGUGACAUGUCACAAACCAUCCUUUGGGACAAAGGGAGAAAUAGCUCCUUCGAGGGAGACAAAAGGAGGAGCAGGUUAGCUUUCAAGAAACUGUGUCCUUCCCUGUCACCUGGCUGGCAGGCAACCCUAACCUCUGCUUCUGAGACGUUGGAGAGCUGCAGCCUUUCUGUAGAUUGCUGUCUCUGGCUUUGCAGCCGUUCAGUGCUCUGCUGUUUAAAUUCUUGACAGUUUUUGUGCCUCUUGGUCUUGUUCCCUGGCAGUUGUUGAGUUUGUAGACGUUGGUCCGUUAGCAGCUUUUUAGCUCAGACCCCUCCUGUUUUGACUAAGAGCAGCCCUAGUCCUCUGGAACAAGUGAGUACAGCUAACCUUGGAUUGUUCAAAACAGGGCCCAGGCCGGGAGGGAGGAGUUGUUGUCUUUCCGCAUACCACACCAAAUUCCAGCUUCGCAUCCUCCCUCCCAAAUGUUGCCCAGCAGUCCCGCAGCCUGGUGCUGCAUGUGUGCUUUGGAGCACAGAGGGAGGCUGAGCAGGCAUUGGGAUCAUCUGGACAGCAGGUCUGCUGCCUGGCUGGAAGCUUUGUAUCUUGCAAGCACUUUUUUCCUCAUGGCAUUGCUGGUAUUUGUUGCUAGUUGGGAUGCUGAAGAAUAUUUUGCGAGUUUGUCAAACUUAAACCACUGGUUAGUUUCCAAGUUUUUUUUUUUUUUCCUUGAAGUUUAUUGAAUUUUUAUAAACCCAGCAGGCUGGUGUUCUUUGACUGCAUUGUGGUAUUGUCGUUGUUUCAUUGGUAUUUUAUUCCAGGGGGGCUAAGGGAGGUAUCUUUUCCUCCCCCAGUUGUCCUCUUCUCAGGGGAUCCAGAAGUGAACUAGGCAAGGAAAGGGCCCUCUGGCAAGAUUUUGUGGUGUAGGCCCUGGUCUCUGGUGCAGGAGAGCAGGACGGUUAAGCUGGGCUGACCCAGGGGAGCAGAGCUGGAUUCCCUGCCCCCCGCCCUCAGCCCCCAGGGCCAAGUUGGAAUGGAAUGGAUUGGAUUUCACACUCCCCAUUACAACAGAUUAACAUUUCAAGACCUUUCUAUUUGGACGCCCACCGCAAAGCUUGGGGUCUUCAGACUAAUAUCUUUUUUUUACUAACUUUUUUUAAAGAAACUAUAAACUGAAGAAUUAUCUGGGGAAGGGCAGACGUAAAGGUCAUGACUGGGCAUAGCCCCCAAAUGAGUCAGGGAAGGAGACUGGCUCGGCUCAGCUCUGGGUGGGAAUGAGAAUGGGAAAAGGAUGACCUAAUGCCUCCAGUUUCUCUGUGACUGGCACUUUAAAUGGGAGCUUUUGUGCUGUCCUGAUGAGUUAAGGACAGCCAGUUUCUUAGUGUCUCCCCCACCGUCACCCUCUGGAGGGAAAGUUUAGCCCUUUUAAAUGUUUGUUUUGGUUUUUAGAGUGUUUCGAACUGGGCUGAGAUCUGAAGAAAGUUGUUGCAUUAAAAUGUAAUAGGAGGGGUUGGUUUUAUUUUAUUGCAUUGUUGUUUUAAAUUCAUGGUUGUGCAGCUGGACUCUGCACUCACCACCCUCUGGGAAACCUCACUCCAGGUACGCUUGAGACUAGAGUGCCCAGGUGAAAGGCUCCCCUCCUGGGGAGAGGGAGCUGAGCAAACCUUCCCCACCCUGUUCCCUUGCUGCCUUACCUCAGGAGCUGCUAACUAAUUCAUUGCUCCUCUCCCCCAAUCCCAAGCUGAGGGAGUUGCUGCUCCAGUGACUCAGUCCUGUAGACAGGGCUGGUCUCUAUGGGCCUGUUCCCACAAACACUGCGCCCGGUAGCGAGUGUUUGUGGUUCUUACAAGCCGCCACCUCUACCUAAUGGGCUGAUCCUGCAAAGUCCAGUCCCCACCCCCAAGCUGCAUUUUCCAUCAGCCCUCCUCUGCAGUCCUAACCCAGUCUCCUCCGCAGCUCCAUGGAGCUGUUGCUCCUACCCACUGGGAAGGAGUGAGCGUAGAAAACCUGGGAAAUCACAGGAACUUGGAAGAAGGUUUGAGCUGGAGGUGCAGCUGAUCCUCUUACUUGCCUUGAGAGCAUAAGAAAAUGUUUGUUAAAGCCCAUAUUUUUUCAUGUGGGGGGGAAAGGGGAGAUCAUGUUUUAUUCUCUUGAACGUGAAUUGAGCUCAGUGAUCGUCAGAAGAGAAGCGCACUCGAUUUAUAUUCAGAUGCUAUAGAGAGAGAGAGUACAGAUAUUUUUGGAAAGGGAAUGGGUCUAUGCAAAUUUCCAAAAUGGCUUGAAAGAGAAUUUAACUUUUUUUUUUUUUUUUUUUUUUUUUUUUUUACUUUGAAAUCUAAAGAAGAGAAAAUCUAACUUUUUUCCACAAAGCAGAAGUGCGUGGAGAAAGAAGCUACUUCCACGGCUCUAUUUUGAUGAUGAUUCGCGGAAAGUUUAUGGGCUGGAGGGAAUGACUAUUUUUCACCAUUUUUUAUCUUGCUCCUCUAGUUUUUUGUUUCUUUUCUAAUGGAAUGCUGUGCCGUCUUUGAUUCAGCAGAUCGUGUCUGUAUUUUCUGUAUCUGGUUCCUAAUGUAGAGAAAUAACAAAUAUAAGAGGAAAUCACUAUAAUGUCAAAUGUUGUUAUGGUUUUGGGGAAAAUAAAGGUUUUUUUGGUACUUCA